CUGUCAAAAGGGAGAUCCUGAGGCAUUCUACGAGCUUCAGUCAGAACCUGAGAGCAGCGCCGGCAUAAUACACACACACACACACACACACAUACAUGCACAAAAGCAACAGAGGUGUGGGAGAAAUGAGAAUUUAAGCCACUCACCCAGGCCUCAGGAAGCCUUGCCUUUAUUUUUGUCUCCACAUCCCAGACAGAGAAAGAAGGAUUAGCAGCAAAACAAGGUAGAACACUGCAACAAUGAGUCAAAAUUCAACACAGCCGAGCAGCAGGCCAGGGAAAGAAGCCAGCAGCACUAAUGGGCAAAGCAAAAGCAACUUGGACGAUGCCAAGUCCUUCUAUGACAAACUGGCUCCAAGCAAAAAACCCAAAACACCAAAGCCACAAAAUGCUAUCACCAUUGCAGUAUCUUCAAGAGCUUUGUUUCGCAUGGAAGAGGAACAAAAGAUCUACGUGGAACGUGGAGUGGAGGAGUAUGUAAGAUACCAACAAGAACAUGAGAAUGAACCUUUUCAGCCAGGGGCAGCCUUUCCCUUUGUAAAGGCACUUGAGGCAGUGAAUAGUCGACUGAGAGAACUUUACCCUGACAGUGAGGAGCUAUUUGACAUUGUUCUUAUGACCAAUAACCAUGCACAAGUUGGAGUUCGCCUCAUCAACACCAUCAACCAUUACAACUUAUUCAUUGAGAGGUUCUGUAUGACAGGUGGAAAGAGCCCCAUUGGUUAUCUCAAGGCCUAUCAUACCAACCUGUACCUCUCAGCUGAUGCAGAGAAGGUGCGAGAAGCUUUGGAAGAGGGAAUAGCAGCAGCAACUAUCUACAGCCCAGACAAGGUAGUGGAAGUGUCAGACACCCAGCUUCGUGUAGCUUUUGAUGGCGAUGCUGUACUCUUUUCUGAUGAAUCAGAGCAGAUUGUGAAAGCACACGGGCUUGACAAGUUCUUCGAGCAUGAGAAGGCACACGAGAACCACCCACUUGCACAUGGCCCCCUAAAGGGUUUUCUUGAAGCUUUGGGAAAGCUACAGAAGAAAUUUUAUGCAAAAGGACAGCGCAUGGAGUGCCCAAUCCGAACAUACUUAGUAACAGCACGUAGUGCUGCCAGCUCUGGGGCGAGGGCACUGAAAACAUUGAGGAGUUGGGGACUGGAGACAGAUGAAGCACUUUUUCUAGCGGGUGCUCCCAAAGGCCCACUACUGGAAAAGAUACGGCCACAUAUUUUCUUUGAUGAUCAGAUGUUCCAUGUGGAGGGGGCCACAGAGAUGGGUACUAUAGCAGCACAUGUGCCCUAUGGUGUAGCACAGAAAUACAAUAAACCAUCAAGCAAAAAAGAUCCAGCAUCCAAGGAGUAACAAUAAAAUGAACAUCCAGGAAAGUUACAUUUUAAACAAUAAAACACUGCUGAAAUUUGGCUAAAACAAAGUUAAAAGCAAACAUGGUAGAGCAGUGAGGGGCAAUAAAAGCCAUGUCACGUGACGAAAAACUGGUUAAGUUCUUUGGGGUUCUGAGAAACUUUCAUUUGCUUUGCAGUAGGAAUUUGGUUAAAAACAAGUACCUUUUUGAAGAUACUUUUGAAAGGAAGCUAUGUCCUGAAUUUUAGGAGCAGUCCAAAUGCCAUGUGGUUUUCCAGUAGUUUUUAAGUUACACGGUCACUUGAAUGUAAAGUGCUUGGUGAAAUGUGUUUUACAGGGUACUUCAUUUCAUGGGCAAUUCAAAAACCCACGCUUGCAUACGCAUCACCCUACUUCUGUUAGUUGUUCAUUCAGAGAUUUUUGGGUCAUCAUCUACUGUUCUGAAAGGAUUAGCUUCCAGUGCUGUGCAGCAGCUGACAAAUGUGAACAUGGGAACUCCAUGACUCCACCUCAUGCAUUUUAAUUUCUGCUUCUCAGAUUUGUUGGUGCCUUAUCUACUGUAAUAUUUCUGUCUUUUGGGUUCUUUAUUAUAAGAAAGUUAAACAAGAUAAUGUAUCUAUUUUAUGCAAUUUAAUUUUCUGAACCAAUUUUUUUUUAAUGUUGAACUAAAAAGCAAACUGUUCAAAACUACAAAUUACAUUUUAUUAAUACCAUACUCUAAAUUAUGAUGUAUCUGUACAAUAUGAUGUUUGAUAUGUUUAUGAAAGCAUAAUGUGUACUGAAGCAUAUAAAUGUAUAAUAAAUUCCUAAAUGAAUAUAUGGGGUUUGUACCAAAAGUAAUAAGCAUUCUAAUUUUUCUUUUUGACUAAAAUCUGAUUAGUAAAUUGCUAAAUGGCAAUUAGGUCUGUAGGUCUUUGUACCUUUGCUUACUUUUUUACAGAUUCUCAUCCCAACUGGAUUUUUUUUGCUGCCAUUCUGUAAGUUUUGUGAUCUCUUGCAGUAGAAUUCCAUUCCAGACAUGCAUGAGAAGUUGGACCAGAUGGUGCUCUUUUACAGUCUCCACUUUUAUUUUAUUGACUGCAGAGCACACAUUCUUGUUAAGGAGUUCAUCAUAUUUACUUUGCUGUUUUUGAAGAGAGAUUCCAUGAGCAGCCAUGAUGCAGUUGGUCAGCAAUGUCUGUUUUCCCAAAUUUAAACAGCUUUACCAACUGCCACAGCAAGCACCCGUGUAGGAGACGCCAUAAGCAUGUUGUCAGCUGCUAGGUUUUCUAUUUAAAAAAAAUAUUCACUCACUACAUAUUCUCAAAAUGAAUGGUCCUUCUUAGCCAUAUUACUGUAUCUUUCUGACCUGGGAACAUGUAACUGAGACAUGUGAUAUUAUUCUUUAUUCCUGUGUAAAAUGACAGUUGGAAUUACUAAUUACUUUAUCACAUAUUUAAAUUUUGUCAAGCAUGUCUUGAUGAUUUCAAUAUGAUCAUUACUUUUGGUACAAGCAUUGUAUAAGAUGAUCCCAUAAGGUUAGGACAAAGAUAUUGUAAGGCUCAACAGAAAUCUUUCCAAACACUUUGGGGAGUCACUAAAAUAUCGUAUAAGGCCCCUUUAAACCACUAUCUCCUUUAAUGGUGACUUUCGUUUGUUUGCUUAGUUUUUGAAGCUGUUUUCAAAAUGGCACGUUGGUGUGUUGCUCUUACCAAUAUCUGGAAUGUGUUUUACUACAGGAUCCCAAUGAGAAGGGUCCGAGAAUUUUUUCUUUUAGUAAUGAGUAUACGAAUUGCAGUGUAUCCAUCAAAGAUCAUUAUCAUUCAAGGGGAAAUUUCACAGGUUUUCAACUCAAUCACAGUGCUUUUGUUUAUUUUCUAGAACUACCAUCCAGGAUUUAAGAGUAAAUCAAAACAAGACUUCAAACCAAAGGACACAACACAUAUCAAUCUACCAUAAUUAAAUUUUUCUUUGUACUGACCAAGGUUAAAUGUUUUGUGGGCUAUCUAUUUAUAAAAGACCCUUGAGGAAUGUUUACAGCAGAGCAUGAAUAUUUUGUGAAAGUCUCUUUUAUUGUACUGUACUGUUUAUGUUAUGAAUGUAAAUGCUGUGUGUCUCUUUGUAUAAAUGGGCAUUUGCAAAUAAAAUGGCACUUUAUGACACAA